ACUGCACGGUAUUCUGGAUCAAGGCGCGGGCUGUCUAGUGGUCUUUGACGAGCAGAAGCAGGACGAGACCUAUGAGGCCGCACUGGACACGCUCAAGCACGUCAGCAAUGUGGUGGACAGUCUCGGGCAGAAGGCGGCGAGGCUGCAAUGAGGUGCGAGGAUGAUGGAGCGCGAGCGCGAGCGUGCGGGAUGCUGUGAAAAGUAGGUCAGCAGAUCGCCUGCUUUCACAAUUGGGCAUAGGAGACUCUUUGCGAGAGGUCUUGCGCAAUGACACUUCGCUCAUUGAUACACCGAAUCCUUGGACUGCGUCUGCAUCUCCUAGGUACCACAGGCCUCGAGUGCCGCCACGUGAGAUGCGUGCGAAGACAAAGCUAUACCAUUCACGCUCCUCUUGUAGUCCUCGAACCUCCUCUUCCCCCUCUCAGACCUCCUCUCAAAGUCGUCAAGGUGCCAUGUCACUUACGCCUUUAUCAGCCUUGUCCAAUCUCUCUCUGUCUUUCUCCCCCCCCCCCCCCUCGGAGAUCUUUCCUAUCCUCCCUGCUCCGCACAGAUCCCCCACCCUGUGCGGACUUCGCGGGCAGGCUGCUGCAGCCCGUGAAUUGGCAUGGCUUAUUAUGGAACACGCCUCGCGCUCCCGAGGGCUUGGCUGAGAUGCCCGAAGAGCCCCAGAAGGGCCAUGCUGUGCAACCCUCCAUGUCUCGCCUGAGAUUGGAACCAAUCGCGACAAUUCCACCAGUAUAUAUGCGGAGAGCAUCUGGACUCUGCAUCUCUUCCUCUACUAUCCAUCUAUUCGACGCUUCCUUUUCCCCUUUGCAACGUCUCCCCUCUAACCCUCUGUCUGCGUCUCUCUCCCCACGCGAAUCUCGGAUUUCACGGCUGACGGGCCCCGAGAUCCCGGCGGCGCAUUAAUUUCCGAUAGCCGAUCACGGGCCUCUGUUUAUUCUACACCCGCCUGCCCACUUGCUCGCUUACCUUGACCACCUUGAUCUUCAACCCUCGACCCAAUCCUCGCCCGUCUUUCAACCCUACGCCCUACGCUCUACUUUGCCCUGGGGAUCCAAUCAGGGACGAAGAAGUACACGCUUUGCUAUUGGUGUCUUGCCUGCUUGGC